AUGUGUCUGCUUAAAGAUGAGGGUGGUGCCAGACUAAGAAAGAUGGAGCUUCAGAACCGUGCGUUGGGGGCAAAAUUAACAUGGAAAAUGUAUGAACAUCCAAACAAACUGUGGUGCAGAAUUUUUAGGAAGAAAUACUUGGAUAUGGAUAAUCCAAACAGGAUCCUUACCAUUGCGGAUGCAACAGGAGGCUCCUCGACAUGGAACUUUUUGUGGGAUAGCAGGAGCAUAAUCACAGAUCACUUAUCUUGGCAUAUAGGCAAUGGCCAGAUGGCCAAGUUUUGGCGAGAUUCAUGGGAAGGUGAGCAAGUACUUGGUGAUCUCUUUGCCAAACAAGAUUGGGUUAAUGAAGUUGAAAGUAAAAUUAGUUUAUUCGUUAAAGACUAUGUCGAUGAUAGCUCAGACAUAGGAGGGAGGCUGGGAUGGAAAUCAAUUGAUAUUGGGGAUAGUAGGUUGUGCUUGAAGUUGACAGAGUUACUCAAAAAUAGAUGCAUCACACAGUCAGAACAAGAAGACACCAUUUUCUGGUGUGCUUCCAAGUCAGGCAAAUACAGUGUGAAAUUGGCAUAUGAGAUCCAACGUCAAAGAGUGAGGGAUAGCAGUUGGCCUUAUUACCUCUACUGGAACAACAUAGGACUUCCUAAAGCUGGAGCUUUUUUAUGGAUUGCCCUUCAUGGCAAGAUUCUGACUAGUGACAGACUUAAGCUCAUUGGGAUUGUAGGACCAAGUUGGUGCAUCAUGUGCAAAAGAAACGAAGAAUCAGCCAAUUAUUUACUGCUUAGAUGUCCCUUUGCUGAAGGGUGUUGGGAGUGGCUUAUGAAUAAGCUACAAUUUACAUCAGUUAGAAAUGAGUCACUCAAGGACUUCCUAGUGGCAUGGCCCAAAAACACCCAAUCGAAGUGGAGUGGAUUGUGGCGGAUCUCCCCUGCUUUACUAUCAUGGCAUAUCUGGAAAGAGAGAAACAGAAGGAUCUUCAGGGAAAUAGCACUCUCGGUGGAGGAGGUGAUCUCCAAAAUCAAGGAGGGUAUUGAAGAAGUAAUCAAUGGAAAACCACCCAAAGUGAAACCACUCAGGUACGACAACUGGGAUAGGGACAUGGAAAGUAAUUGGACACUCAAAGAUUGGGGUUGGGGGUCAUCCCUGCUCCCAAUUUUAAUAGGAAGUUAA